AUGAAUGGAUUUGUUCUACCAGAAAUUUUCACUCAAAGAUGGCUCAAAAAUCGGCGGAAACUUUGCGGACAACCCAGUACUUUUCCAACAGUUUCACUGAAAGAAACUUUUUUUAAAGGCAAUCACGAGUAUAUGCACGGGAAUGUAGAAGAAUGGUUUGCGUUUCUGGAAAACUGUAAUAUAACUGUACUUCAUAAUUCCUACAAACGAUUUGUGACCAAGAAAGGAGACCAUUUUUGUAUCGCCGGUGCUGAUGAUUUGUACGCAGCCAAAGUCCAUUUUCCUGGUCAUGCCAUGCAACCGGAACGUGCUGUAUCAGGUUGCGCGCUGAACGACACUACCAUUAUGCUUGCUCAUCAACCUAAUGCUGCUAAAUUAAUGCUCAGUCAUCCGCUUGUAAGCGAGAAACUUGAUCUUAUAUUAUCAGGGCAUACGCAUGGAGGACAGAUGUACUUGUUCGUACCUAUAAUUUAUCUAGCCAAUGCUUUCGGAACACGGGGAAUAGCAAUUCAUAAAGUAUUCUUUGCAUCCGUCAACCGCGUAGAGGUGCCUUUACCCCUAUUCCCAACUCUCACGAUGGCGUUUCAAAUUUUCGACAUACCAUGCCUUUUCUGCGGAAGACGGUAA